CAAAUCCACCAAUCUGAGACCACAAAUUUAGGCUCUGUGGCUGAAUGGAUGUCGAAUUACAAGAAUCUCUCGAUUUCUUCCUCUUAAAUCCAUUUAUCCUUCAAACAAACAAACACAAAAUAAAGAAAGGGAGAACAAAAAAUUGUCGUAAUUAGCAGCAAGAAAUGGCAGCCACCACUACCAUGAUGACCUUCGUCCCUCAGUUUAAUGGCCUCAGGCCCACUACUUCAGUACCGGUUCGCAGUCUGGUUGCGGUUCAACCGCUGAGGCGGAGGGGCGGCGGCGCUCUCAGUGCUCGUUGUGGUGAUUACAUUGGCUCACCUACUAACUUGAUAAUGGUGAUAUCGACGAGCCUGAUGCUGUUCGCUGGGCGGUUCGGAUUGGCUCCAUCGGCAAACAGGAAAUCAACGGCGGGGUUGAAGCUGGAGGUGAGGGACUCUGGGCUACAGACGGGUGACCCAGCGGGCUUCACCCUCGCUGAUACUUUGGCAUGUGGCACUGUCGGCCACAUCAUUGGCGUCGGUGUUGUUCUUGGCCUUAAGGGCAUUGGCUCUUUGUAAAAAUAUUUCUCUCUUCUUUUUUUUCUUUAGAAUUAAAAUACAAAGACAUCUAUGUUUCUGCUCUUCAAUCUAAUGAUAUGUCUUUGCCAUUAUUUACUUUACUUUA